GAAAGAGAGGGGCGGCAUUGUUAUUUUACUAUUUAAAGGAGACGAGAGCUUUACUCUGAACAAUAAAGAAACUGCUAUUCGCCUCACUCUCGUCUCCUCCUAGCCAAUAACCUUUUUCUCAUCAUCUCUUUUUGCUUCCUCUUGCAACGACGUCGUUCUCUUCUUCUUUGCUCAUCCCACGUGCUUAUUGCUUCUGGUGAAACGCGUACAACUUUUCUCGUUUUUCUCAGCUAGGGUUCACUCCUACGUCGAUCUCUCACCCUUGCUCGUUUAGUGUGCCUCUUCCAGUUUGAAUUGCCACAAUUUUGAAGCUAGGGUUCUUCUGAAUAUUAGGAACUCCUUCGAGUUUCAUUCAGCAAGCUGCUGCUUUCAGUUAGUAGCUGUAUUCGUGAACUGCACUGGGCUGUUAGUUUUGGUUGAGGAACUGAGGAUUUUGGUUAGUUGAAUAAUUGAACAUGAUGAUGGCGAAGAGUAGGUUAGCUGGGGGUUAUUUUGGGAAUGGACUAGAUAAUGCUGGUGAAUCUGAGGGGUCUGGUAGUUCUGGUCGGAUAGACACUGAAAUUACAGUUUCUGAGAAUUCGAGUAUCCCUGCGAGGAAAUGCAUUAGUUUGAAUUCGAGUCGCCGUGAUGCUUUUGGUGGCGCCAUGCAAAUUGUUCCCUUGUCCAAUAUGUCACAUUCUCAGAGGAAAGAUCUAGUGCAAAGAUUGAGGUCUGAGCUUGAGCAGAUUCGGAUACUUCAGAAGAAAAUCGAAGUGCAGAGGGCGAAUGGUGUUGCCAUGUCCUCCUCCAGUGAUAUUCUUAGUUGUAGUAAUGGAAAUAAUGGGCAUGGAGUGGAAAGGGAUAAAAAGCCAUCAAUGUCUAGUUCUGCACCGGGGAAUAAGAUGAAACCGUCAGCUAAUAAGAACCAGAAGGCCCGUGGAUGGAACCGUGGUUCUUCUGGGAAGUUUGAGUCUGCGGUGCGAACUGCUUCACCAAACACUGCACAUGCUAUGCUGAUGAAAGAUUGUGAGGUGCUGUUGAAAAGGUUGAUGACUCACCAGUAUGGUUGGGUUUUCAACACCCCUGUGGACGUUGUGAAGUUGAAUCUUCCGGAUUAUUACAGUAUUAUUAAGCGUCCAAUGGAUUUGGGAACAGUAAAAAGUAAGAUAGGGGCAGGAGCAUAUGCUGGACCACUGGAAUUUGCUGAUGAUGUGAGGCUUACAUUUUCAAAUGCAAUGACGUACAAUCCACCCGGGAAUGAUGUCCAUCUCAUGGCUGAUACUCUCAGUAAAUUUUUUGAGUUGAGAUGGAAAACAAUUGAGAAGAAACUGCCAAGAAAUGAUGCUCUGCCAUUACCUGCAAAGCCAAACAAUAGUGAAGGUGUGAAAACUAAAAAGCCAGCGCCUCCUUCAAAGAAGAGGAAAAUUGCCUCUUUGCCCCCUCAACCUGAAAUAAUGCCACCUGCAAAGAAGGUCAUGUCAGAUCAAGAGAAGCAUGAUCUAGGUCGAGAAUUGGAGUCUCUACUGGGAGAAAUGCCUAUGCAUAUAAUUGAUUUCUUAAAAGAGCAUAGUUCAAAUGGUAGAGAAUGUGGAGAGGAUGAGAUUGAGAUUGACAUUGAUGAUCUCAGUGAUGAUACCCUGUUCACAUUAAGGAAGCUUUUGGAUGACUUUUUACAAGAGAAUGAAAAGAACAAAACAAAAGUUGAAGCUUGUGAAAUAGAGGUGCUGAAUGAUUCUGGACCAAGCAAUUCCUCACUACAACCAUUUAAAGGUAAUGAACCAGCUGAUGAAGAAGUGGAUAUUGGUGGAAAUGAGCCUCCUGUGUCUAGUUAUCCUCAUGUGGAGAUUUUGAAGGAUACAACUUACCGAAUGAACAAAUCCCUAAGCCCAGGCAGCUUCAAUGAUACAGACUCUGACAGUUCUUCUGACGGUGAAUGUGAUGAUGAAAAGUCAAGUCCAGCAAAUGCAGCAAAGGCACCAGAAAAUAUGGGUUCAGAAUCUCAGUUGUCUGAAAAGACCACGGCUGCUGCUACUCUUGAAAGAAAUCAAUCUGUCAGUGGGCUAGAUCAGCUUGAGGAUAAUUCUCAGUUUAAGCCAAGUUCUUUUGAUUCUGAUUGCCAUCAAGAUGGGGACAGUGCUCCAACUGAGAGACAGGUCUCGCCUGAUAAACUUUACCGAGCUGCUGUAAUGAAGAACCGAUUUCUUGAUACCAUCUUGAAAGCUCGAGAAAAGACACUGACACAAGGUGAAAAGGGAGACCCUGAGAAAUUGCGCCAGGAAAGGGAGAAACUUGAGAUGGAGCAAAGAAAAGAAAAGGCUAGGCUGCAAGCAGAAGCAAAGGCAGCCGAAGAUGCUAGAAAGCAAGCAGAAGCAGAAGCUGCUGCAGAAGCCAGACGAAAAAGGGAGCUUGAGAGAGAAGCUGCUCGACAAGCACUGCUCCAGAUGGAAAAGACUGUUGAAAUCAAUGAGAAUUCUCGGCUUCUUGAAGAUUUGGAAAUGCUUAGAGCUGUACCCGCUGAGCAAUUGCCGAGUUCUGUAGAUGAAACGAGUCCUGAUCACUCUCAGGAUGGUCUAGGUAGUUUCAAGUUUGGGAGUAGUAAUCCCUUGGAACAACUAGGAUUAUACAUCAAAGCUGACGAUGAAGAUGACGAAGGUGAGCCACCAAGUGUUCCAAAUCCUGUACAUGAUGUAGAAGAGGGAGAAAUUGAUUAAAAGUUGUGCACAUAUCCUAAUGAGUUGAGGAUCACAGUAUACUUAAUCUUGAUCCGAAAAUAGUUCCCAAAUUAUUUAAGUUCUCGUAAACAUUUAUGUCAUAAGUGGGACAGCAUAUUUUCUUAUGGAAGCAUUGUGAUUCUAGAAGGGGCAAAUAUGAAUUCAGUUUUGGGCUGUGAUGGCAGUAGAGGAACAGUUUGAGCCGAAACUAAGCAAUGUUUGCAAUGAAAAUAGAGGGUAGAGCAUGGCGCCUUUUGGUAUAGUAGGUUAUGUUGUACAGAAGGUAGGUCUUCGAAUAUGUGAACAUAAAUUGUUGUAGCUCCAUCUUUUUAGUAUUUCCUGCUUGUAUUUGCGUAUGGCUAUUCCUUUAUUACAAUAGUUUUGGUUAAAAUUAUAAAGGCAAUUUCAUCUUCA